ACCACUUGAUUUCAUUCAUAAUAAAUCCCCAAAUUCAAUGAAAUCCCUAAUUUACAUUCUUCCCAAUUCAAUUCUGAUAAUACAUAAACCCUAAAUUCACCCCUGCUACAAUUUAUCUCGCAAAACCCUUAACCCUAACAUGUCCAGUUCUUCAAAUUUGCAUGGUUCCUCUGCUAGAUCCAGCAGACAGCAUCGCCCUCGACAGAGGCGUGGUAGCAGACCUGUUUACAAUUACGAGGGAGGAGCUCGUUACUGCAAAUGUGCGUUUUCUGUCAAAGCUCCGAUUUGGGUGGCAUGGACGAGGGAAAAUCCAGGAAGACGAUUUUAUGGGUGCAGGAAAGGAGCGAUUGGCUGUGGAUUCUUCGAUUGGUAUGAUGAAGAACCCUUUACGAGUAGAUCGAAGGAAGUCAUUAAUGAACUGUUAGAUGAGAUUGAUGAAAUUGUAAAGGGUCAUGGGAAUUUCAACUACCUGGAAGAUAGGGAAGACCAGAGAUAUGCAGAAAUGAGAAAUUCAUAUGAAUUCAUGGUCAAAUUGGCUAGAGAGGAAGGGCAAAAAUACAAAAACAGGUUCUGGUGUGUUGCUGUUGGCUUUGUGUUAGGGUUGAUGGUUUUGAUUCUUGUAAUUCUUGUAAUUGCAGUUGUUAGAUGA